AUGGCGGAGAAGUACAUCCUCCGGGUGACCGCCGGCCCUAGCUACGACCUCGAUUCUCAAGUCGAGGUCCCCGUCAACCAGGCGCAGCCCACAAAGAUCACCAGCGACUUGGCCGACAUCGAGCUGAACGUUCGUAUACAAAACUACGCCGGCUUGCCGCGCAACUCGCCGUCCACCUCCCCCUACUUCUCCACGGAACCCCACUCCACCAAUAAUGACCAGUACAGCAUCUCCUUCCGCUUCAACCCUAAGAAGCCCGCGGACGCAUCGUCUUCCUCGGCUGAGCAGGGCAUCUCGGCCGAGGACCUGCAGUUUGGCAAUGACUUUGACCAUCCCAUCCGUGACCGUCUCCCCCCGGGCUUCAACACAGCACUCAACAUCGUCAAAUGGUGGAUCGACCCGGGCCUGGACGGCGACGCGUACGCCGACGUCCCGCACCUCUACGGCCCUGCACUGAGCUCCUUCAACACCAUUCAUGUAGGGGCCGGUGUCCACGACAAGGAGAAGGGCGGCCUGUGGUUCGAGGAGGGAGGCGAUGAGGCCGGCUUAGAGGCGCGGAAGAAGAUUGGCGCGCCGGCCACGGCUAAGGAGCGCAUGAAGUGGGCCCUGCGCAAAGAGAGCAAGGAGAACUGGAUAUUCGAGUACGGCAAGACGUACGGCAUGGACUUUUUCAACCCAUAUCUCGAUUUCGCCAACCUGGCGCUCCGUCUGCCUGGAUUCCAGUUGGCCAUCAUGAAGUACUGGGACGGACAAGGUCUGCGGGAAGAGGGGCCUAAGCGCUCACACCAGCUUAGAUAUGUUCUCCGGAACAAGGCCACCGGCGACGUCUACCUCGUCGUUCUCUUCACCCUCUAUCUCAAGGACGAUGUCAACGAGGACGGCACCCUCAAGGCCGGCGCGGACAGCUCCAAAUCGGGUGGCCAGCCCCUGCCUAGCAACGACGACCAUGAGAGCCACGACGAAGCCAAAGCACUCGAGGAGGCUAGGAAGAAGAUGGGACCAGCCUCCCACGAGACCGAGACGAGCGCUGAUGAUGUAGACUGA